UUCUCACAUAUCAUGGAGAAUCUGGAAAACCCGGUACCUGCCACUUCUAAAAACUCUCCACCUGAAGAGGUAUAAAACUGCCUGGUGUAGAAGCCUCAGUCACACCACCACAUUUGACCUGACCUGAAGAGAGAGAGAGAGAGUGAAGUGAGAGAAGACACAGAUCACACUCAACAUGACACAGAUUUGCGUUCCUGUGCUCGCCUUGAUAGUCCUCUGCACCAUUGGGCUCAACUGCAGCGAGGCUAAGUCUGGUCGCCGAGGCUGCUGUACAAUGUUUAACACUGCAAAAGUGCCCAUUAAAGCUAUCAAAGCAUUUUCCAUCCAGUCCAACAAAGGAAAAUGCCGACUGAAUGCAGUCAUUUUUCACAUUGUGAGGCGCAAGAAAGCCAAGAGUGUCUGUGUAGAUCAUAACCUGCCCUGGGUGAGCAGUGCCAUCGAGAAAUUUAAGCAAAAAGAUCAAAAGAUCAAAAAGAUGCAGCGCCGCAAAAAGCAGUGAUUCUAUCAUACCGAUAUCACUUCAUUCCUAUGACUUCACAUAUCUUUUUAAACAAUUUCACAUUGAAAUAACAAGAAAUUGUGGUUGUACACAUGUUUUUUAAACACAAUUA